AUGAUAGCGAACCAAUUCGUGCUGAGGGCGGUCGAAGACGUAGACAAAGCCCUCGAACUUGGUCUGCAGCGCGCUGCCUUACUCGACGCCAACUCCAAUGUAUCCUCCCACCAGGAGAACCUCACACGUCUGCAGGACCAGCUGUGGAUCGUGAAAAGCGAGGUGGACUCUCUCACAUCUAAUAUCCAACAACGCCGUUCACGCCCUCGCGUCAACCUGGCGUUACUACGGUCUGUGCUACAGAAUUUGCACCUCAGCUCAUCCUCUGCCACUGCUGAUCCUGCAGCGGCCGCGAUAGUUCCGGUGGUCGAGACAUCUAUCAUUCAGUACGUCACCAUCUGCUGUUACUACACCAUAGUUCAGGAAUCGCUACAGCAGUUGCCAAACAUCAACGUCACCCAUCAGUACUACUCCGAAGUUGCCGGCUCGACAAGAUGGUCUUUACUCUAUGGUUUGCAAAUUAUGCCAGAACGCGUAUUUCGCUUUGCGUCCAAUCUCAUCGCCGAAUCCACCUCGUGCGUGUCGCACACGUCUGACACUGCCACGUCCGACACUGCAGCGUCUGGUUCCUGGCACCGAAUCGAUAUCGAUGAUGUCGCCAAGACCGCCUCCAAAUGGGCCCACCAGGUAUUGCCGAGGCUCGACAAACUCGUCAUGAUCCACAAUUACCAAUUGGUAGGAAUCCCGCGUGAUACUGGGAAACUCGUAUCUUCGCUGUGGGGAUUGCCACUAGCCGCCGUGCGCGAAGAAGUGGACACAUUCCGCGACUCCUCAGGCGCCCGCUCCGACAAAAUGACUCGCAAGCUUGGAAGAAUUAUCUCCGAGUUCCCGCUAAAACAUGAUCUGGAAGGCCGCGUUCAAUCCAUUGCCAAUUACUAUGACAUCGGAGCACAACAAAUUGACCAGCAAUCAAUUGUCCAGCUACUUACUGACAUGACUUCCAGAACAAUCGAGUUGGGUUCUUCCACAGCGAUCAGAAAACCGGGAAAAUUGACUCGAUACUGGCCAACGCUAUUGUGCACGUUAAUAUAUGGCCCAUCUUCUGUCCUUGCUGUUUGGAACGCUCGGUAUGAAAUUGCCAAGUUUUGCCAAGAAAACAUUUUGGAUUUUUGUGCGGGGUUGGUCUACAACUGGAUUUGGAUUCCCUUGCAGCAAGUUUGGAGUACAGUGCGUCAUGAUGAAGAACACUCGGCCAUUGCUGUAAUGUCUCAGGGCUCUCUUGAUACAGAGUUUAACUCCUUAUCGCGAAUGAUUGUCCAGAUAGUGGCCGAUAACUCAGAUGGAAACGUGGACACAGAGCUUAUAGCCAAGCAGGUUCAAAUGGGAGAUUUAACGCAGUUCAUGCAAAUAUAUGAAAACCAGUUGCAUCAUCCCAUCAAAAAUAUUCUUUCAGGGAAAUUGGUGCGUUCUUUAUUGAUCCAAAUCCAAAAGACUAAAGUUGACGGUUCACUCGCACUCAACGGUAUCGACAAAUUGCUUCAAUCCCAACAACUGGUGUUUGGGGUGGUGGCCAUGUCUCCAGCUCUUCUCAUCUUGUAUUGUCUUCUAACUGGGGCUUACCGCCUCGUAAAGUUAGGUCGUAUAUGGUCCAAUAUCGGACUUUACAAGCUCAAACUUUCUUCCAGCCUGAACAACGUCGAGCGAUUACUAAAUUACAAAGACUUGGAACCCCAACACGAUGAUCAAGAUCUCAAUACCGGGUUGCUUGCACUAGAAAUUGUUUCUGCUCGUCUCUACGGUGAAAGGCUAGUGCCUAAAGGCCGCAAAGCUGAAUGGUUUCGAGACGUGGACGAAUUGGUCAACGCCAAUUUAUCCCACGCAUCCAAACUUAACGUAGUGAACAGGUUAUAUCAUGUAUAUGGGAAGUACUUUUAA